AUGGGCGGUGUUCUCAAAAAGCCAUCAGAGGCUUACGCGGAUGACAACAUCUCAUCACCAACGAUUCAAUUGAUUUCAACGGAACACCUUGACGGGGUGCUUGAAUGGCGUCAUAGAACUUUUUGGGAUUGUGUAGAAUGCGGUUAUCCAAGGUCCGGAUAUAGUUGGUGUCAAAAUUGUGAAUCGUAUCGAUUUGAACAGCAAUUCCCACAUUGGACGAGCGGUAAUAUAGAGAUCGAUGAUUUUAUCCGGACAUCGCAAAAAAAUGCUCAAACGUCUCACGACUACCUGGAAUGGAUACCGUAUGAUUAUUUUACUGAGGUCGAGUAUUUGACAAGCGGUGGAUAUGGUGAUGUCUACUCCGCGACAUGGUUAGAAGGACCUCGAUGGGCUUGGGACGAAACUGAUCAAAUGAGAAUAAGGACGGGUCCUCGAAUCGUUGCGUUAAAGAUCCUUGACAAUUCACAAAACGUCUCGACAGAUUUUCUAAAUGAGGUCCACCAAGAUCAACAAGGAUACCAUGGCCAAAAAAGCUGGCGAUACUUUAUGACCUCGCAUGCGAGACACCAAGGGUACACUUGCAUUAGUGAUAUAGGUCAAUAUUAUCCGCCAGAUAAGGAUUCUAAUAGCAAGAAAUUGUACGGUGUUUUACCUUAUGUUCCACCCGAAGUCUUGCUUGCAGCAAAAGGCACGCCGCCUUCGUUUGUCAGAUUGAUGAAAAAGUGUUGGGAUCCCAACCCAUCAAAUCGUCCGGACGCGACGGAAUUGAUCGGUGUUUUGGAAGAUUGGCUGAAAGAACUUCAUAAUGACAAUGAGCUGUCCGACAUUCGAGCGGAAUUUGAAGCGGCGGAGCAACAUAGGACAAACGGCACUUCUUCCGCACCAAGUUCCCCUUCCAUGUUUCAUCCCCUCGCAAUAUACACUAGCAGGCUAUUAAAUUUCUCAAAUUUGAAAGUGUGGUGA